AUGGCGCUGGACGUAACCGCGGGCGAAAACAGCGAGCAGGCGAGGGAGGAUGAAGGGAUGAACGGACAAGGAGAGGCUGAGACGGCAGGCCAGGGAGGAGAGCAGCAUGAGCAGGCGAGGGAGAAUGAGGGGACGAAUAGACAAGGAGAGGCUGAGACAGCAGGCCAGGGAGGAGAGCAGCACACAUGGGAUAUUGGGGAAGGACUGCAAGGGGCACAUCGGCAGGCAGUGGAAGCUCUGUUGGCAUCUCACAGGCAGACAUUCGCCUAUACGCUGAAGGAGCUAGGCUGCUGUAAUUGCGCAGUCAUGACGCUGGAGCUGACCACCACGGUACCGGUGUACCAGAGGAGACGGCGGAUGAGCCCUCAGGACCUAGAAAUAUGCAAGGAGAAGUGCCUUGAGCUGCUGGAAGCGGGGCUAAUACGGAGGUCGGAGUCUAGAUACGCUGCGGCAACAGUGGUGGCGGCCAGGAUGGAUUUGACGGGAGCAGUGCUGGCGAGGCGCAUGUGUGGAGAUUAUCGGGAUCUGAACAAGGUGACGGUGGCAGAGAGAUACUCCACUCCCAUGGUGGAUGAGCUGUUCGAUCAAUUGGCGGGGGCUCGAGUGUUUUCGACGCUAGACAUGAGGCAGGGGUUUAACCAAAUCCCAAUCGCGGAGGCCGACAAGGAGAAGACAGCCUUCCACGGGCCGGAUGGGGCGUACGAAUGGAACCGCAUGCCCUUUGGUCUCAAGAAUGCUUCGUUACUGUUCCAGAAGGUGAUGGACGCGGUGCUGAGGGGAAUGGAAGGGGCGCUGUGCUACAUCGACGAUGUCAUCGUGUUUAGCGCCACUCCAGAAGAGCAUGUGGAGCGCCUAGCGGAGGCGUUGAGGAGGAUUAAAUCUGCAAGACUGACUUGCCACCCGAAGAAGUGUCGAUUCGGGCAUACAGCUGUGAAGUAUCUGAGGUUCGAAGUGGCAGGAGGAAGGCUAGCCAUUCAGGAAGCGAAGGUGGCCAUCCUGGACCAAGUGUCGCAGCCCAGGGACAAAAGCGCCCUCAGAGCCCUGCUGGGGUUUCUGAACUACUACCGCAAGUUUGUGGAGAACUUUAGCAGGCGGGCGGCACCAUUGAACAGGCUCCUGAAGGAUGACGUCAAGUGGCAGUGGGGGGAGCAGCAGAAGGCAGCGCUGAAGGACCUCAUGGGAGCAGUGAAGAAUGGGGCGGUGCUACAACUGCCGAAAGCAGAUUUGCCCUUCGUGCUGUAUACGGACUGGAGUAGCACGGGCAUGGGAGCAGUCUUGAGCCAGCAAGAGGGAGGGGAGGAGAAAGUGGUGGCCUUCGCCAGCCGUUCCUGCAACCCUGCGGAAGCCAACUACUCCUCCUACGAAGGUGAAGGGCUGGCGGCAGUCUGGGCAGUGGGGCACUUCCGGGUGUACCUGCAGGGUCGGCCCUUCAUGCUGGUUACCGACCACCAGCCUCUGCUUUGGCUUAUGCAGAACCAAAGCUUGACAGGGAGAAAUGCCAGAUGGGCGAUGAAACUACAAGAGUAUCAGUUUACCAUCCGGCAUCGCCCAGGGAAGACUAUGCAACAUGUAGAUGAUCCUGUGACGCCGCUGCGCAGGGAGCAGCAGGCUGGGGCCACAGACGUGUGGGAAGACAGGGAGACACUGGCGUGGCUGAAAGGAGAGACCGCGGAGGGAGCAACAGUCUCAGCAAGGGCCCGUAGCAGAGGGCAGCACUACCGCUGGUACCAGGACCAGGUGCAGAUAAGGACGCAGGAUGGCUGGAAGCGGGUGCCAGAGCCGAAGGAGAGGGAAGGCGUGAUAAGGGAGGUGCAUAAUCGGCUGGGGCACUUCGGCCCGCUUCGCACACAGCAGCUUCUGCAGACAGGAUGGUGGUGGGCUGGGAUGCGGAAGGAGGUGAAGGACUGGGUGGCCAAGUGUCCAGCAUGCAUCAGGAAUCGAGCAGCAUUCGAGAGAAGCAAGGCUGAGCUGCAGCCUCUGCCCAUCGUGGGGCUGGGGUAUCGGUGGUCGCUGGACCUGGCGGGCGAGCUACCGUUGACCAAGCGAGGGCGGCGCUAUGUGGUGGUGAUGAUAGAGCACGUGAGUAAGUGGGUGGAAGUGAGAGCAGUCAGCCACAAGACUGCUGAGGCUGUGGCUGACGCCUUUGAAGAACAGGUGCUGACGCGGUUUGGAGCGUGUGGGGAGGUGCUGACAGACCAAGGCACCGAAUUCCAAGGGGAGUUUGAGGAGCUGCUAUCCUCGUGUUUGAUUCCCCACCGCACAACGUCCAGGUAUCACCCGCAGAGCGAUGGGCUGACGGAGCGCAUCAUUCAGACCCUGAAGCGAGGACUGCGAGCGUAUGGGGAGACCAGGAAGAGGGACUGGGACAGGCAGCUGCAUUGGAUAAUGGCGGGGUACAGGUUCAGCAAGCAAGCGGCGCUCCGAGACCUGUCCCCCUAUCAUCUCCUCUUUGGCAGGGAAGCGGUACUGCCGGUGGGAGCACCACGAGUCUUAACUGAUGUGGUUACUGCAGGGACGGCUGAGAAGUGGGCGGCAUUGGCAGCUGUGAGGGGGGAGUACCUGAGGCGACUGUUGCCAGCGGCGCUGGAGAGUCUGCAUGUGGCCCAGCUGAGGGACAUCCACCGCUACAGGCAGCGGCAGGAGCAAAGGGCGGGGGGAGCGCCAGCAGCGCUACAGCAAGGGCAGGAAGUGUAUAUUCGUCGCCCCAAAAAGGAUGGGUUGGAUGUGGGAUUGUCUCAGCAGCGGUGGACUCUGAAGGAGGUGAGGGAGUCAGGGGUACUGGUUCUGGAAAGUGAAGCAGGAGUGCGAGCCGUGGAUCACAUCACUAAUGUGGCACGAGCAGGAGGAUAUCGAGGUCCCGUGACCAGGGCGAGGGCGGCCAAGGGUCACGGGAGGGGGCAAGAGGUUAUCACAAGCCAGAAGCAGUAA